CAACUUACAGGUUAAGUAGUCUUGGAAACCAGCAUUUCUCAUGCAUUCUCUCUCUCUCUCUCUCUGAGCUGAUUAGUUAUUGGAUAAAAGAAAACAAGGUGUACUUUUUUCCUCAUCUUUUUCACUGUGUUUGUUUGCCGAUCAACUAUGACCGGAAUUUGUAAACAAAGAAAGAGAACAAGGUUCAUUCAUACUGGAUCGUGCCCAUUAAUUCACUGAUCAGUUCAAGCUCUUUUUUUUUUUUUUUUUUUUUAAAUUAUUUCCAAGAGUAAAAGGUAUGUUGCAAGUGACUACCACUCAUCCAAGAAAAUUUUCAUUAAUUUGAAACCCAAACUUUACUAUUAUUGUUGGUGGGUUACUUUAGUUUUCAUUCCCUAAAUGAUUUUCCUUCUGAUUCUCUUGUCAAACAAACAGAGGACUAGUGCUUCGUAAAAACAUAUUCUUGUAUUACAGCUAGCAAGCAGUCCCAAUGUCUUUCUUUCUUGAUUUGCUGAGAUGCCUUCUCUGUUGUGAAUAUGAUGUUGAUCGUGAUUACGAUGAUUUCGGAAGAAUUGAAAGAAACCAUUUUCGGGUUGAAUCUCCUUCUAGUGUUCCUCGUUUUGCCCACCAAUCCAUUGACUCUUUCAGCAAUUUGUAUACUCGGAUUUUAUUGAGCAAAGACAAGGAAGUUUCUGGGGACUCAAAAUUUCCACCACUGCUAUCUGCUUCUGCUUCUGCCUCUGCCGCUGUUUCUGCUUCACCCUAUAACUCACAUUCAUCAACUCCUAAACCCCCAAAAUCUUUUCCUAAACAAGCCCAAUCUUCAUACAAUUACGAACCUUCAAAAUCUCUUAAGCCUGCAAUAUCCUCAUCUGAACAGCCCCAAUUAAGUUCAUGCCAAACAUCGUCUAGUUCCCAAAGAUCUUCAAUUAAACCACUCCCAUCUUGUCCAUUUUCUCUCAAUGGACCUCCAUGUCCCUCUCCACAAAAGCUUCCAAACGUUAGGCCUAUCCUUCCUGAAGUUGCUAGCAUCCAGGCUUCACCUAAAACAUCACGAACAACCCAAUCAAGUGCAUCCCAAACAUGCCCUAGUCCCCAGAGCUUUUCAGCUAAACCAUCCCCAUCUUCCUUUAAGGUACCAGAAACUUCAACUCAACCAUCCCCAUUUUCUUCAUCUCCACUCAAUGCACCUCCAUCUCGCACUUCAGAAAGGCUACCAACCUCUAGGCCUAUCCUUUUUGUUCCUAGCAACCAGACUUCACCUAAAACAUCUAAAACAACCCAAUCAAGUGCAGACCAAGCACGGCCUAGUCCCCAGUGUUCUUCCGCUAAACAAUCCCCAUCUUCCAUUUUCGUACCAAAACCCUCAGCUCAAUCAUUCCCAUCUUCUCCAUCUUUAUUCAGUGAACCUCCAUCUCCCUCUUCAUCAUCAAGUUCAUCUUCCCAAAAAUUUCCAACCUUUAAGACUAUCCUGCGGGAAGCUACCCCGAAUGCAACGGAUCAGAAAGGGAAGGAAGAGUACAUCUGCGUUGAAAAGGAUUCGUUGCCCCUGUACAUGAUUCCCGAGGAUAUCAAAGACUUGAUCAAGAAAGAAAUUGUGCCUGAAAUUCUUAAAAAGCCUCUGUCUCCCUUGACUUACAAGGACUACUUUGCAGCUCUGUUAUAUGCAGAAGAAUACUACUAUGAGAAAUGGAGCGACUUCGAAAUGAAAAAUGUGACAUUGGAAUUGCAAAAAUCUAGAGUCUCUAAAAGACACAAAAAGCAUAAAAAUGUCAAUGAUGGAAGCAACAAACCAGACGAUAAAAUAUUCGUCAAGUUUCAGAUUGAUUCUAUUCCUGAACAUCGCCCUUUCCUUUUGUCUAGGGACUUGGUCUAUGCAAGACUUACACGUAGCAAAGCUAAAAAUUUUCAGGGUGUUAUCUUUCGUGUGGAGGGCAGAAAAAAUAUUGUACUAGUGGAGUUUGAAGAAGACUUCUACAUUCAGCAUGAUUCGACCCAGAGAUAUGAUAUCAGCUUCUCAUUCAACAGGAUCUGUUUGAAAAGAGCACACCAAGCUCUUAAUGCUGUGUCAGAAAAUCUAAUCCAGAAUUUCCUAUUUACUGAUUCUCCAUCUCGGAAAGUCAUUCCCACUACUCCAGUUUUGGGUUCUCAGUUUUCUAGGAUUGCUUCUGACAUAUCAUCUACAGUGAGGCAGAUUUUAAGCAUUCAGGGUUCACCACCUUACCUUGUAGCAGGUCCAUUGUGUGUCCCUGAGAGUAAAAAUUACUCAUAUUCAGAAGAACCAUCGAAAACUGGAAAGGUUGUUCGGGAAGCAGUGGUUCAAAUAUAUAAAUCUUCACCAGAGUGUAGAAUUCUUAUUAGUGCGCCGAGCAACAGUGCUUGUGAUGUGCUGAUGAGAAGCUUGAAGAAGGUGAUACCGGAGUCGAACAUGUUUCGAGCAAAUGCUGCAUUUCGUGAGAAAGAUGAGGUACCUGACGACAUCCUCUCCUCAUGUCUUUACAAAAAGGAGCGUUUUGCCUGUCCAUCACUUGAUGGACUUAAAAAAUACAGGGUGAUUUUCUCCACUUUUAUGAGUAGUUUUCGGCUGCAUAACGAAGGCAUACAUGCUGGACAUUUUAGUCAUGUUUUUCUAGUUGAUGCUUCAUCUGCCAUCGAGCCAGAGGCAUUGGUGACUGUCGCUAAUUUUUUAGACAAAAAUACAACUCUUGUUGUUACUGGUAGACAUGGAAAUUCUUCACGAUGGAUUCGAUCGGAAAUUGCUAGGGAAAGGGGUUUAAGGACUUCAUAUUUUGAAAGACUAUGCCAAUGCAGGCCAUACAGAACCCUCAAUCCAAAGUUCUUUACGGAUUUGGGAUUACCUGAUGAUAGCUAUAGCUUUCGGUGAUUCUACUGCAUUUAAAUUUAUUCUUUUCAUUUUUUUUUUUUUUUUUUAAGUAUAGACAUAAAAUUUGUGCAUAUUUGGCCGGUUAAGAGUUACUUUGUUUUAUUUUAUUUGCGUUUUCAUUUCAUUUGUAUUCAUUUUACGUUUUUUUGUACAGUUAAAUGGACCAAAAAAAAAAUAAAAAAAAACCUACAAAAUAAAACAUAACACAAAACAGAACGGUCAUAAUUGCAGCUAGCUAGUGGUCUGCUUUGAUGACAAGACCGAAGCCAUUAAUUCUUCCGCUAGUAGGAUUGAUGAGAGCAGGCAUGUUCCGUUCUGGUUUUUUAUUUAUUGUUAUUAUUAUUAUUUGAAUGCACGUGUAUAGGUUUCCUAUUUUAAA